AAUAUGCUGUCAGGCCACAAACCUUCUAUAUUGUACUUUUAGAAAAGUAAUAUUUGUUAAAGUGAGCGUGUGAGUGCUGGGAUUCGAAUCUACGGAAGUCCUUUUCGUUUGUGCUGUGCUGUUGUUGUUUUGUUGCUUUGGCUACUGCUGUCGCCCUGUAUACGCCCUUGCGUAUAACAAUGGACAUGGAAUACGCCAACAUCAAUGAAUUUAAUGACCGCGACCUAGCGACACGCAUUCGCAACAGCAAUUAUGAAAAAUACAAGUCUCUGGUGCGCAUGCACCUCUCCUUCGAGCUGGAACUAAACACCGACGAGUUCGACAUGCCGUGCCAUGAAAUCGUCUACGAAGAUAAGGGCAAGAUAAAGAAGUGGAAUCGCCUCUCCAAGAAGAAUCGCGGACCUGCCACAGGCUGCACGGCUGGGGCAGGCAGUAAGUCGGCGGGCAACAGUCCCACUGAAACGCUGCAGCAACAAAUUGAUGCAGGCUUUCUGAUGCACCUGGAGGAGCUCAAAGAGUUUCUUAUGCUGGAGAAGAAUCUCACCCAGGAGGGACUAUUUCGCAAGACAGGAGCCGUUUCCAGGCAGAACGAGCUACGAAUGCACAUACAGCACGACCAGCCCUUGGAUUUGGAACUGACAGGAUUCUCGGCUCACGACUGUGCCACUGCUUUUUAAGAGCUUUCUGGCCGAGCUGCCA